AUGGCAGGCUCUGGUGAGCGCAAAGGCAAGAAGGAUGACAAUGGCAUUGGCACGGCCAUUGAUUUUGUGCUUUCCAAUGCCCGGCUGGUGCUGGGGGUGGGCGGAGCGGCCAUGCUGGGCAUUGCCACGCUGGCAGUUAAGCGGAUGUAUGAUCGGGCCAUCAGUGCCCCCACUAGCCCCACCCGCCUGAGCCAUUCAGGGAAAAGAAGCUGGGAAGAACCGAACUGGAUGGGCUCCCCCCGGUUGCUGAAUAAGGACAUGAAGACAGGCCUGAGCCGGUCCCUGCAGACCCUUCCCACAGACUCCUCGGUCUUUGACACGGAUACAUUCUGCCCACCCCGGCCCAAGCCAUUGGCCAGGAAGGGCCAGGUAGACUUGAAGAAGUCACGACUCCGCAUGUCCCUGCAGGAGAAACUUCUUACUUACUACCGGAACCGGGCAGCCAUCCCUGCUGGUGAGCAGGCUCGGGCCAAGCAAGCUGCUGUGGACAUAUGUGCUGAGCUUCGGAGCUUCCUGCGGGCCAAGUUGCCUGACAUGCCGCUUCGGGACAUGUACCUGAGUGGCAGCCUCUAUGAUGACCUGCAGGUGGUGACAGCAGACCACAUCCAGCUCAUCGUGCCCCUCGUGCUGGAGCAGAACCUGUGGUCAUGUAUACCCGGUGAGGACACCAUCAUGAACGUCCCUGGCUUCUACCUGGUCCGUCGUGAGAACCCAGAGUAUUUUCCUCGUGGUAGCAGUUACUGGGACCGCUGUGUCGUAGGCGGCUACCUCUCCCCAAAGACAGUGGCAGACACGUUUGAGAAGGUCGUGGCUGGCUCCAUCAACUGGCCAGCCAUAGGGUCCCUCUUGGACUAUGUGAUCCGACCAGCACCACCCCCAGAAGCCCUGACUUUGGAAGUGCAGUAUGAGCGUGACAAGCAUCUUGUCAUUGACUUCCUGCCAUCAGUGACCCUUGGCGAUACUGUCUUGGUAGCCAGACCACACCGGCUGGCGCAGUACGACAACCUUUGGCGGCUGAGCCUGCGACCGGCAGAGACGGCACGCCUGCGGGCUUUGGACCAGGCCGACUCGGGCUGCCGAUCUCUGUGCCUCAAGAUCCUCAAGGCCAUAUGCAAGUCCACUCCGGCUCUGGGCCACCUCACUGCCAGCCAGCUAACCAACGUCAUCCUCCACUUGGCCCAGGAGGAGGCUGACUGGUCUCCAGAGAUGCUGGCCGACCGGUUCUUACAGGCCCUGAGGGGGCUUAUCAGCUACUUGGAGGCGGGAGUCCUGCCCAGUGCCCUAAACCCCAAGGUGAACUUAUUUGCAGAGCUCACUCCCGAAGAAAUAGAUGAGUUGGGAUAUACUCUCUACUGCUCGUUGUCUGAGCCGGAGGUGCUGCUGCAGACGUAAGGGCAGGUGAAGGCCAGAGUGGGCGUCAGGUGGUCAGACCCUGGCUUCUCCGUUAGAAACGUGGCUGCAGAGUUGGUGCCUCACAGGGUCCCUAGGUGCCUCCUAUCUUGCUGGUCAUCGCCCGGUCACUUCAUGCUGAUCAGAAUGCCAUCUCCUUGUCUUCUGUUUUCUCACCGGACCCUUUCUAUUUUUGUUACCAAACACUGUGCUCCUACUCCUCCCCUCCCCCUGCUCCAGGCUCAUUUAUCUGGAAUGAAUUGAGAAGGCAGAGCACUGGCCUGAGCUGGUGUCUAGCAUUGUGGCCCAGGUUUUCUGUCCCUGUCUGCCCUGCCCUUUGGCCUCUUUGUUUUCAGUGUCUUCUCUGUUUUCCUCUUGUUCACGCCUUCUGUUUUGCUCCUUCCCCGGGAGCCUAUCUGCCUAGUCAAGAUGUUGCCUUUUCGUUGAAUGUCAGGGCAGAGUUCUGAUGGCGCUUUCCAAGCUGAGCUCUGCAGACUGAGUGCUCAGACAGUAUUUAGAAUUUCUGGGGGUAAAGCUAGCGAAAGAGCUGGCCUUUGACCCAGGUUCCUGGAGACUCAGCCCGUUUCCUCCGCCUCCUGACCAGCUCCAAUUCCUGAGUGCUGAAAAGGUCUCAUGGGAACACAGUUACUGACCGGCACAGGAGUGAGGUCAGUCUAAAUGGGGUGCAGAGGGUGUGUGUGCGCCCCGUGUCUGGUCCAGAUCCGAGCUGCUGUGCGAGAAGCCGGGGGAUGACAGGGAGGGAAGGGGCUGUCGGGACAGCACAGGUGCCGUGCACAGGUGCUGUUGGUUGGCCCCUUCCUUGCCUUAUUGCCAAUCAGAAUGAGGCCUUCAAGGACAUAGCCUUUGCAGUAGAGGUGGAAGAGAGGUUGACAGGCGGCAAACACCUGCUGAAAAGUCCAGUCACCAGUGGAAGUGUGGCCACCCUGUUUCUUCCCCUAGAGGCCCUGCCUUUUCAGGACGUUGCCUUAGCGCGGGAACAGGCCCACAGCCAGCCCUUCAUUCCCCACUGUCUGCCAUGGGAAAAUGAGGGGACGUUGUCUGAACUCUCCAGGCACCGCCAGAGGCCAGAGGGCAAGCAGACAUGCGCUGACCUCUUUCCCAUCCUGUCUCACCCCGCACCUGGGGGACUGGUGCUACCCAGGAAGAGCGUGCGUGGAUAAGACACACAGGAGAGGGAGGCGGGGCUUCCUGCGCUCCCUCUGGUUUCCGCUGCUAAAACCGCGCUGAGCAACGUCACAAGUAUCCUGAGGGUGGGGAGGAGGGUCUCACCUGGUCAGUGCAGCUUCUUUUUUUGCGCUUUCUUCCUGUUCUGGCAAGAAGCCAAUAAUAAUUCUGUUUCUGAUCUGCCUAUCCAGUAUUUUGUUCUCCCAUCAAGUUUUAUUUUUCUCUCUUCUUACUACCUCUCCAUCAGUGAGAUUCCAGUGACGCUCUCCGCAGCUGUCUCAUUCCUUCCCAAUGACAGCAGCAUGAACUGACUCUCUAAAUAGCACUGAAACCUCAGCUACCUUUCAGAUUUAGGGUAGAGAUUCCUGUCCCCUUUUGUCAUCAAUUAGGAGGUUGUGAACUAGGGUUAACGUUAGCUACGUUUGGAAAAUUUUCCUGUUUCUCUCUUAGAUCUGCAGCGGUUCCUUAAAGUGGCUCAGUUGCCAUUUGUAUGAAGCUAUUCAGAGAGAAUGAAAAAUACAAAUCCCAGAACCUUGAGAGUGAUUCUCCAUCCUGGCUGUUCAUCAGAAUCAAGUUAGAGUUUAAAGAAAAUCUCUUGUGCCUGACUGUUACCCUGGGUGACUGGCAGAGAGGGUAUAGGGAAGGCCCUGGCAUUGAUGGCUCCUGUGUACCCGUCUGGUAUCCAUUAGAGGGAAGGGAGAGGGGAGGUUUCAAAAGCACGGGUGAGUCUUCACUGAAGUAAAGGAUUUGGUUUUCCUAAUGUAUUAUAGGACCCAGUUUUCCCAAGCUGACAUCUCUGACCAAAUUCCAUAUAAAAUACUAGAAGGAGAGCUGAAAAAAAACGGUUUUAAAGACAAAGUCCCCAGUUAUCAAAGCCAAGUGUAAUUGUGAUUUGGUUUUAUCUCCUUUCUUAAAGAGCAUCUUUCUAAAGGCAUCUCUGUCUCUUAACUAUGUUUCACAAAACCAAAAACUGUAACUUUCCCAUUUCACAAGCAAGAACCACCCAGAAGUCCUCAGAACUAGAAGCAGUGGGAGUUCUUGGCCCUGGUCCUGGUGGGUUUGUUGACUUGAGGCUGGGCCAGCCCUGCAGCACGUGGAAGGCAGUGCCAUGCUUGGAGGCUUGGAUGAAAGAGGACAACAUUCCGACCAACCCCCACCCCACCCCAGGCUGCUCCACUCUGUCCAGUUUUUUAAUCUUUGGGGAAAGAUUUUGUGCUUUUCCCUGCCAUUCUGCCUUUAUAUUCAGUAACUCCUACCUUUGCCUGAAGUAAUGGCAUCUGCUCCUACUUCUCCACCUGGACAUUUUUUUUUUUGCACCGUCUGGGUUAGCAAACCAUGAGUUAGCCUCAUGCUUAAAAAAUAUACUCAUUGUCUUGAAAGCCUAAUUAAUUCUGAAGUAUAUGUUGGUUUUUUCUCUGUUGUCCCUUCCUAAAAAAAAUGAGUUCAGGAUAACCGUAUUUUAUAUGCUUGGUUGUGACUUUUUUUCCCCUCAAAUAAAUAAUCAAAAACUAAUGUCUGGAAAA